UCUUUAGCCCCUCUCUAGAUGAUCACUUUAGUCACAUAUAUAUUCAAUUCAAUUCCCAUACUUCUUCCCUGUAUGGCCAAUGGGAUAUAAAUACACACACAUCACCAUCUUCCCUCUCCCUCUCUCUCUCGUAAAUGCUGAUUAAACCCUUUAGUUUCGCUCAUCUCCUCCGCUUAACCCUCCACUGAAUCAUCAAACCUUUCAUCAAAUUCCAUAAAAAAAUUUAGAGAGAGAAAUUACCCCCAGAAAAAAGAAACCUCAUUCAUCCUCUUCUCAAUAGGUGUCGAGUGUGGAUAAGGAUCUCCCUCUCUCACUUCUCUUGAUCAUCUCCAAAAUUCAAGGUGGUGGAAUAUAUAAAAAUUCCUCCUUCGAGGAAUUAGAGAGAGAUAGAAUCUCUCUUCUAUAUCUGAGGCUAUUGAAUCUCCUUCAACUACCAUACCAUCAAAGAACAGCACGUUUUUCAGUCUCCCAUGGGCUGCUCCCUCAUCGUUUUUGGCUCCUCUCUUCCUAACAAACUCGUCCAGUUCUGGGCCUAAACUUUGGAGGGCCACGUCCUUGGAUCAUUGUUUCGAUCGAGAGAUAGAGAGGCGUAAAAAAAAAAGGAAUAUUCCGGGACAGAGGUCAAGUGGGGCAUACCAUAAGGAGGUAAGUGUUCAGGGUGCGCGGUACCACAGCUUUCAGGCAAUUGCUGUUUGAUGGACCAGCGGAGGGAGAUAGAAGGGAAGCAGUUGCACGACCCCCAUUUCAUCAACAAGAUGGGCGACCCUACCCCGUGGCGGAACCUCGUCCAUGUCCCCGGGCCAGUCAUAGUUGGGGCAGGGCCAUCGGGCCUCGCCGCCGCCGCCUGCCUCAGGGAGAGGGGUAUCUCGAGCGUGGUCCUAGAGAGAUCGAACUGCAUAGCGUCGCUCUGGCAGCUCAAGACGUACGACCGGCUCCGGCUCCACCUCCCCAAGCAGUUCUGCGAGCUGCCGCUCAUGGGGUUCCCGCCGACCUACCCGACCUACCCGACCAAGCAGCAGUUCAUCGCGUACCUGGAGUCAUAUGCGCGCAACUUCGACAUCCAGCCUCGGUUCAACGAAACAGUCUCCAGAGCAGAGUAUGACCAGAUGCUUGGGCUAUGGUUCGUGACAAGCGUGGGGCUGAAGGGGGCAGUCACCCGGUAUGUGAGCAGGUGGCUGGUGGUUGCCACUGGGGAGAAUGCCGAGGCGGUCGUGCCGGAGAUCGACGGGAUGGAGGAGUUCGGCAGGCCGAUAAGGCACACGAGCCUAUACAAGAGCGGGGAGGAGUUCAGAGGGAAGAAAGUUUUGGUAGUUGGGUGUGGCAAUUCAGGGAUGGAAGUCUGUUUGGAUCUUUGCAACCAUAAUGCUACGCCUUCCUUGGUCGUCAGAGAUACAGUUCACGUCCUACCACGAGAGAUGCUGGGGAGAUCGACUUUCGGGCUGUCCAUGUGGUUGCUCAAGUGGUUCCCCAUGAGACUUGUCGACCGGUUCCUGCUACUCGUGUCCUGGAUCAUGCUAGGGGACACAACUCGAUUCGGUCUCGACCGGCCCACCUUGGGCCCGCUCGAGCUGAAGAACUUGUACGGGAAGACGCCCGUGUUGGACGUGGGAACACUAGCUAAGAUUAAAAGUGGAGACAUUAAGAUAAGCCAGAGUAUUAAGCAGCUGAAACACCAUACCGUCGAGUUCGUCAAUGGAAAAGUUGAGCACUUUGAUGCCAUAAUCUUGGCGACGGGUUACAAGAGCAAUGUGCCCUCUUGGCUAAAGGAAGGGAAGAUGUUCUCCGAGAAAGAUGGGUUUCCCCGACGGCCGUUCCCCAACGGGUGGAAAGGGGACUGUGGAUUGUACGCCGUGGGGUUCACGAAACGCGGGCUCCUCGGUGCGUCAAUGGAUGCUAGGAGAAUAGCAGAAGACAUCGAGCGGUGUAUACAAGACGAGGCAAAGCAAAGUAUUUUACCGCAACCAUGAUUCUUUCAAGAGCAAUAUUGGACAAUUUUGUUGGCGAAGAAAAACUUGAAACAUUUGAUUGAUUGGAGGGGGAGCAGCUUAUGAUCGUUUUGAUCGGAUGCAAUGGGCUCAAAGAUGAUGGCCCCAAGUUAAAGAGCAUGCUCCUCCAACUGAGGAAAGGCAAAGGGGAAAGAAAGAGUAAAGGAAGGAAGGAAAAAGAAGCAAAGGGGUGGGGGUGGAGAGAGAGCUCCAUUAAUGGAGCUUUGUGCCUUUUGAUUCAUCAUAAAUGGUGGCACCAAAUCAUAGAGAAUUGCGGGAAGGAAGGAAGGGAGGAAAUUGACGGUGAUGAGAAAUGAAAUUAAAUGGGGGGAAGAAUUGAAGUGGAAUUGAAGUGGGGCGGUUUAUAUUUUUUUUUUGGGUGCUACUUGUUCUUUUUUUGUGAGGGGACCUCAUCAUAUCUUGUACAUCUUGUACAUUACCAUUUUUCUCUAAUUAGGUAUGACUUUUUUCUAGAAGAGAUCAAAGAGAAAGGGAGGAGGAGGUUGAGGAAGAGAUUUGAAAGUGGAAAGGUGUUUAAUGGGGUGUGGUGUUUGGCAUGAGAUUUGUUUUGAGAAUUGAUAUAUAUGAUUUUGUUGGGGCUUUUUUUGA